GAGCGGCGGCGGCCGCGGGGCGCUGGGGCCGAGGCAGGCGCUGGGCUGCGGCUGCAAUCGGUGCGUUGCCCCUUUAAUUGUGUCCCCAGCCCUCGGGCGUCUCUGUCCAACGCCCACGUCAGCAAAUACCUUUUGUUUCUCUCCCGUUCGGGCUCGCAGGGCUCGGGGCUGCGGGAGCAGCGGCGCCUCCAGGCACGGCGAGCCCCGAGGCGGGGCCGGGGAUCCCGCAGCCACCGCCCGCUCCCCCCGGCUCGGCGGCCGCCGCCCGCAGCACCCCGCCGCGUUUCAUUUCACCUUUUCUGGGAUGGAGAUUUCUUCUCACCAGUUUCACCUCUUGCAGCAGCUAAAUGAGCAGCGCAGGCAGGACUUGUUCUGCGACUGCAACAUCCUGGUGGAGGGCAAGGUCUUCAAAGCCCAUCGCAAUGUGCUGUUCGCCAGCAGCGGCUACUUCAAAAUGCUCCUUUCGCAGAGCUCCAAGGAGACGAGUCAGUCCACCACAGCCACUUUCCAGGCUUUUUCUCCUGACACCUUCACAGUUAUCUUAGAUUUCGUGUAUUCAGGCAAACUGUCCCUCACUGGUCAGAAUGUGAUCGAGGUGAUGUCGGCCGCCAGCUACCUGCAGAUGACCGAUGUGAUCAGCGUGUGUAAAACCUUCAUAAAGUCAUCGCUGGACAUCAGCGAGAAGGAGAAGGAUCGCUACUUCAGCCUGUCAGACAAAGAUGUGAGCUCCAACGGCGUGGAGCGGUCCUGUGUGUACGGCGGGGGCUGGAGGGCAGAGAGCAGCCCCCCACAUCCCCACUCCAGCCCAGACCCCGGGACUUGUAUGAUGGGCGGGAACGCUUGGAGCAAUUUCAAUUAUUACCCCACCUCUCAAAGAAAUGCCCAGCAGCAGCAGCUGUCCAAACACGAGCAGCGGCAGGAUUCCCUGAAGAAAUCGCGGCACCUGGGGCUGCAGCAGCCUGCUGACGUGCCCCACUAUAAAUCAAGCAAGCUGGAGGACAGGGCUGCCGAGCCCGCCGGCCACGCCGCGCCGCCCGAGGAGCAGGUCCACAUCGACGCCGAGGUUGAAGCUCCUCACGUGGGCUUCCAGUUUGGGCAGGGGGCUGAGGUGAUGCCCAGGGGCCUGGCGGUGUCCCAGCAGGAGCACGAGUCACCGCGCUCCUCCGGGAAAGCCAAAGCCUCCAAAGCUGAGGAGCAGUACGGGAGCAUGCCCUCCAUCCUGGGGGUCAUGGGAAACUGGGCUGAAGAUGACCUGGCCAGGAUGAGGUUCAAGUGUCCAUUCUGCAGCCACGUGGUGAAGAGAAAAGCCGACCUCAAGCGUCACCUUCGCUGUCACACGGGAGAGAGGCCGUACCCCUGCGAGGCGUGUGGCAAGAGAUUCAGCAGGCUGGAUCACCUCAGCAGCCAUUUUCGAACCAUCCACCAGGCGUGCAAGCCCAUCUGCAGGAAAUGCAAGCGCAACGUGACGGAGCUGACGGGGCAGGUGGUGCAGGAGGGCACGCGGCGCUACAGACUGUGCAACGAGUGCCUGGCCGAGGCCGGCAUCGACAGCAUCCGCAUUGACUUGGAGGCAGAGACGCCCCUGGAGUUCCCCCAGGAUGGGGACAAGGAGGGCAGGUGGCACUACGGGGACGACAACAGGUCCGACGUGGAGAUCGUGGAGGACGGCUCGAGCGAUUUGGUCAUCCAGCAAGUGGAUGACAGCGAGGAUGAGGCGGAGGAGAAGGAUGUGAAGCCCAAUAUUAGGUAGUUGGAAGAUGAGGAUUGGGAAUUUUGUGGAAGAGGGAGAAUGUACUGGCACCAAAUGCCCUCUGCCACUGGUGGUGAUCCCGCAGAGACACGUGGUUGAACAGGUCCAGGCUUGCAUGUAUUUAUGGACACGUCAUUGAGGCCAUGCUGGUUUGUUAGCAGAACCCCCCUGUGUUGUUUUGUUAAAAUAAUUAAUCUUGAAAUUAUGGAUAAACAAGGAAACUGCAGGGUUACGUGGAUAAUUUUUAUAGCAGGCACAUCUCAAAGCUUCUUGUAAGGGAGUGAGGUGUGAAUACUUUUAAAAAGUCGCAGGUUAUUGUAAAAUGCCCGUUUUAUACACUUGGAGAGAGGUGGGGUUUAUAUCAUUGGGGUCUUUAUACUUUUGUGUAAAGUACAAGGGGCUUUUUGGGAAGUGACAAAAACCAGCAGAAAAUCAAGGGAUGGAUGUGUAAAACAUCCACAGAGAGGUUUUUUGGGAGGUGACAAAAGUAUAAAGACACCAGACACACACCACAUAAUCUCCACACCAGACAACCUCUCUUGAGUGCUCAGAAUUGAAAAGAAUCUUCCAUGAAAUCUUCAUAUUAUGAUAAGGAAAAAAGGCAGCUAAUUAAGAAAGAGCAUUUAAAAUGUUUUGGCACUUUUGUCUGGAAAAGGACUUCUGUAAAAUUUAUUAGGAUGAGGUGAAUCUUUAGUAGAUCGUAUGUUCAUGACCUAUUUCUUUAAAAGAAAAUAAGCACAUAAAUGCUUAACACGCCAGAGACAAACUGAUUAAAAAUUUGGAUCACUAAUUGAUGCCAGUAGAUGUUUUAGUCUCCAAAUUAGGAUCUCAGACUGGGCUGUUUUAAUUAGCACUACUAAAAUACUCUUUUUUCAUAUUUUGAAACCUCUCAGAAGUGCCCAGACAAGGUUGGAUUUUUGGGGUGCAGGGCCAGGAGCUGGACUUGGAUGAUCCCUGUGGGUCCCCUCCAGUUGAGGAUGUUGAAUUCUGUGCACAUUUCCCAGUCUGUACCAGUGAGACCGAGAUGUUCUGGAAGUUCUGGAAUUUGUGUCAUUUCACCCACAAUUAGGAGAUGAGUAAUGAUGAAGAGAUUCUGUUUCUCUAACAAAAGAAGUUUUUGUUUUGUUGUUUAGUUUCUCUUACCCAGCACUGUCAGCAGGAGAUGCUCCUGUUGCUCUGCAUUCCUUGGACAGACCCGAGUGUUAUUUCAGUUCUUGGGAUCAUGGAACUCAAUGGCUGUAGACUUAGAAAAUUAUAUCUAUUUUUUUCUUUUUUACAGCUUUGUAAGCAUGUUUGGCUGAACCCCGGGGUUUCUUACACAACGAUCCCAUAUAUAUAGAUAUAUAUAUAUACUAUAUAAUCUUUCCCAGGGACAGCUGAAAAGUCACUAUUUUCUUUUUAGUUGUGUAAAAACUGUAUAACUUUCUUGUAUCAUCAUGGCCAGAGAGUGCAGCAUUUUCAUUCCAGGCUGCAGGUGACCAACAAAUGACAACUUGAGAACUUUAUGCUAAAUUCAGUGUAUGCAUUAAGCACCUUCCUCUCCAUGGGAAGCAUGGAAAUGGUGUUUUAUUGUUCCUACAAAAAUUAUAAUUUAUUUGCUUAGACUGAGGGAGGGGGUGACUUAAAAAUCUUUGUGGUGACCCAGAUGAAAACAUCUUAAGACUUACAUUCGAUUUUAUGGGAACUUGGUCAGCAGCCCAAAAAUGGACUCGAUGUAAAAACAGACAUUUAAUUUCUCAGAGCUUUUAAACUCCUAAAAUGCCUGUUAUUAAAUGACUAAGAAAUAUUCCUGAGCAACCUGGACUAAAUCAAAUACACAGAAGAAGAAAUAUUUCAAAGGAUGUGGAGUAACUUUGCUCAAAGUUCAUCGAUGUUUCCCUUUCCCUUUCCAUUAAACAGUUUGACAACAAUUCCCGGGUAUCAGUGCCUGCUGUCCCGGGAUAAAAAGUGGCUGGAAUUGGUCUGGGUGUGUUUGGGGAUGGAUGAACUGGGAGGGGAAAUAAAAUCUUCUCUCCAGGCCUGAAAUCUUAAGUGUCAACUGCAAAGGUCAGGCUAUUAAGUGUUUCUUAAUAGUGGGGGUGUUUUUAGAAGUAAAGGGAUUUUUGGAUCAAUACUCAAUUUAAUUAGAGAUCAUAAAUCUAACAGUACUGAGGACCAGAUGCUUCAGGAUGAGAUCUGAAGUGGCUCUAAAUGGAACAAUCUAUCCAUAGGAAGACUUUUACUUUUUAAACACAGGCAGAUUAAUUGUUGAUUUGCUGGGAAAAUAAGGGCUUUUUUCUGGAUUUUUAUGUUGUUUUUCUCAGUAGCAUAAUUAGAUAUCUGUAGUCAUUUUUAAAUUAUCUUGUUAAGCUUGGAGGUUUAGCGCAAGGCUAUGAUUCCCACAGGCCAAUGAUGUUUUUCUGUGUUUUAAAAGUUACCAUUUUUACAUUUGUUGCCUUAAUUUUGGUCGUUGUUUCCUUGUUUUUGUAUUGUAAGACAAGAUAAAUGUUAAGUGCCUUCUGUUUUCCACGUCCUUCAUUUUACAGUCACGUAUUUUCUUUGGGUUUUUUCCCUCUAAAUGAAAAUAUUUGUUUUCUUUUUGUCUC